AUGGAAGACCCAGUAGCAGAACUCAGAGAAGUAUUUAGAUCGAUCACUGAACCAUACUCAGCAAAUGUGAUCACCCAAAACAUUGAAAAAUAUUUCACUGAAGAUGCUUAUAUCGAACAUCCAUUGUUGAAUCAACCUAAAUCAGCACAUGGAAAAGAUAUGUUAAAAGGAUACUAUAAGUUUUUACGAGUCUUUACGAUUAAUAACAAAAUAGAUUUCCAUUCAGUCAUGUUUGAUGAAGAUAAAACUCAUGCAGCAAUUGAUUUAACUCAAAAUGCCAAUCCAAGAGUUUUACCAUGGCCAGCAUUCAGAGUCCACGUAAGAUUUAUUACAUUACUAGAUAUAAGAAAAGAAGAAGAUGGGAAAUACAGAAUCUCUCAUCAAAUAGAUAAUUUUCCAAGUGAUUUAGGUAGAUCUGGUAUACCUACUUUACCAGGUUUAAGUUGUGCAAGUAAUAUAAUCAAAACGAUCAUUGGUAUCAUUGCUGGGAUCUUAGGUCAAUUCUUACUUUCUAAAGGUUGUUUUGGAGCUUAG